AACAUUGAAGCUGUGUGAAUCAGUUUUUCAAAAUGUUGCGUUUGUUCGUAAAUAACAUUUCAAGAAUAUUUCGUAUUACAAGUACUUCAGCUUCUCGUACACCAUGCACAUCAUAUACGUCUCGAAUGUAUUCUACAAUAUCUAUGUCUGAAAACGGCCCUAACCCUUACAUAGUGCGAGUAAAUGAAAGCAUAACUGAUAUGAGAGCAAGGCUGUUGUAUCAGAGUCGUAAACGCGGAAUGUUGGAAAAUGGCUUAAUUCUUAGUACAUUUGCGGCAAAAUAUUUAAGUAAAUUCAGUGAUCAGCAGCUGAAAAUGUAUGAUCAACUUAUAAACUUGCCUUCCAAUGAUUGGGAUCUGUAUUACUGGGCUACAGGCAUUAAAGAAACUCCGAAAGAAUUUAAAAAUGAAGUGAUGGAAUUACUCCAAAGACAUGUCAAAAAUGAAUUAAGGGAAACUCGUUAUCAGCAACCGGACCUUUAUUGAACAUCGAAGUAGAUAAAUUAUACAUGAUUAGUAGAAACUUAUAUUGUUAACAUACAGCUUUUCAAAAAAAUGCAAUAACCUUGAAAGAAAUUUCAAUGAAAUGUUCGGACAUCUACCUUAUGUAUAAGAAAGUUAUAUUAAAAGUUUGUUGGUUUGAUUACUUUA